AUGUCCAAGACUGUUGUAGGUGACCCCUUAAAUCCCUGCUUCUUGCAUGCAGGUCUGGAGUUGUCUCACUGCACAGGGGCCGACCCACUGGGCCAUGCUGUGCCAUGGAGGUCCGGAGGGCCCUGCAAAAUGAAGAGGGUCCGCACAGUCUUCAAACCAGAGCAGCUGGAGCGGCUGGAGCAAGAGUUCCUCAAGCAGCAGUACAUGGUGGGCACAGAGCGAGUGGACCUGGCUGCAACACUGCGUCUCACAGAGACCCAGGUGAAAGUCUGGUUCCAGAACCGGAGGAUCAAAUGGAGGAAGCAGAGCAUGGAGCAGAAGAAAGCAAAGCUGUCACAGUUUGGGGUGAUACAGCCCGCCUCUGCUGGCCCCACAGAUGUCAAGGAGCAUGAGGAGGACACGGUGGACGUCGAGCUUUGAGCAGCUGAUGGGAUGCAGCUGCCACUGUUGUUUUUGCAGCCACGUCUGCCUGAUGGAGGUGCUGGGGAUGCAGGCACAUCUGUGCUCGCUUGAUCCAAGCUAGACUCCAAGUUCUUGCUCUGAGAGUUUUGAGCUACAGAACUAAACUGCCACUGGGUGGGAAGAAGCAUCCAAGUGUAGAGAUGCCCUAUGUGGUAACCAGUGCUGUAACUCUUUGGCUUUAUGGUUCCAUCACCACGGCAAAGCGUGAUUUCAUUUGCUAUUACAGUGCUAGGGAGCACAGUUUCCAAUAGAGAGGCUGGGGUGACAGUCAGUUCAUGUCUCUGACAGCUGUGAGCAUGGCAGCAUCUGAACAUGGGUCACUCGUGUUGGAGGUACUGUGUGCUCCUAUGAGGGAGAGCUGUGCUGGGAGGAGAUUUGGCUCUGAUUGUUUCUCCUGGUCAUCUUGAUUCCCAUGUUGGAUGCUGAGAUCACAACAACAAACAACAACAACAAAAAGUGGAAACUGGAAAGUCCUUUGCUCCCACCUGCAUCAUUCUUAGCAUUAUUGUAUUUAUUUUCAUAUAUUAUUCAUGCAGUAUGAUGAACGGGGUCUGACUCUGCCCCUGAAGCAGAAGUGCCUCUCCUCUUGUCCUGUGCCUUGCUGUCUUCCUGCCUUUCUUUUGCCUUUCAGAGCCCAAUGUGUUUUUGCCAUGGUUUGCACAGGGAACAAGAGUCUCAUGAGGCUCUCAGAGGUGCAGAGACCAGGGCUGUUAUAAACCAGCAGCUCUCCAACACCUCUGCUGUGUCAGACGGCCCCCUGCCCUCAUCCAGAUGUGCUGGUCCUGGCCCAGAUGGCAGCUGCUCACUUCUCUCCUCGUUAUACACUGCAGUGCUGUGGGAAGCAGCACCUGGAGAGCUCGGCAAGCACAUUUGCAACCACACACUGCAGCUUACUGUCAUAUUCCUGGUGGGUGGGAGGGCUCUGAGGGGUCAGGACUGAGUAUUCAAGUUUCUCUGUGUUUCAGUAAUUCCUAGGGGCUGGUGUGCUCAGCAGCAGCAGCUUUUGGCCAUGCAGACAGUGCUCAGGCUGUCACCUCAUCCCAGGGCACCAGGCGCAACAUCCCAUGAGCUCAGGAUAAUUCAUCACGUCUCUUUCCAACCACAGGAUCAUAGAAAGGCCUGGGUUGAAAAGGACCACAAUGAUCAUCCAGU